GUUAGACGGAUAUGUAAUCCUCUCACGCUGACCGCAGUUCAGCGACGUGGCAUCCGGUAACCUCGCGUGACAGUCAGCUGAUCUCCACCCGUGUACACAGAAGCUCCGCGCUUCCCUGUCUGACUCGAAGUUAUUCAAACAGGGAGAAAUGGCUGCAAAUCCGCCCAAGAUAAAGAUUUCGACUGCUGCUAACGAAAGGCUGCAAAAGUUGAAAACCACUUUUGAAACAAAGUAUGGAGAAGCCCCUCUCUUCUUUGCAUGUGCACCUGGAAGGGUGAACCUUAUAGGAGAGCACAUCGACUACUGUGGUUAUUCUGUGCUGCCGAUGGCCAUUGAGCAGAACAUCCUCGCAGCUGUCUCCCUAAACAACUCUGGGAAAGUCCAGCUGGCCAACACAAAUCCUCAGUACAAGGACUUCACCGUGUCCUGUUCAGAGGCCAUCGCUAUAGACCGGGACAAUCCAAAGUGGCAUUAUUAUUUUCUCUGUGGAGUUAAAGGGAUUCAGGAGAAGUUUGGGAUCGCUCCUUUAGCAGGGAUGUCAUGUGUUGUAGAUGGAACCAUUCCCCCCAGCUCUGGUCUGUCCAGUUCCAGUGCCUUAGUCUGUUGUGCUGGUCUUGUCACAAUGGAAGCGAAUCAGAAGUCCACGUCCAAGGUGGCGCUUGCUGAGAUUUGUGCCAAAUGUGAGCGCUACAUUGGCACAGAGGGGGGCGGCAUGGACCAGUCCAUCUCAUUCUUAGCAGAAAAGGGAACUGCGAAGCUGAUCGAGUUCCAGCCUCUGAGGGCCACUGAUGUUAAGCUCCCAGACGGGGCCGUGUUCGUCAUCUCCAACUGCUGUGUGGAGAUGAACAAAGCUGCUUCUUCUCAUUUCAACAUCCGCGUGGUGGAGUGUCGCAUCGCCACCAAGGUGCUGGCGCAGGCGAAGGCGCUGGAUUCUAGCAAGUUGCUGAAAUUGGCUCAGGUCCAGACGGAGCUGGGAGCGUCACUGGAGGAGAUGCUGGGUCUGGUGGAGGAAGUUCUCCAUCCUGAGCCCUACAGCCGAGAGGAGAUCUGCAGGGUGCUGGGCAUCACGUCGGAUCAGUUUUCCACAGAGCUGUUGAGCGCUAACACCCAGCAUGUAACACAUUUUAAGCUGCACCAGCGAGCCAAGCACGUGUACGGUGAAGCUGCACGGGUGCUGAAGUUUAAGAGCGUGUGUGACUCAGAACCUGCUGGAUCCGUGCGGCUGCUUGGAGACUUGAUGAACCAGAGCCACGCAAGCUGCAGAGACAUGUAUGAGUGCAGCUGCCCUGAGCUGGAUCAGCUGGUGGACAUCUGUCUGAGGUCUGGAGCUGUGGGUUCACGGCUGACUGGCGCGGGCUGGGGAGGAUGUGCCGUCUCGAUGGUUCCCAGUGAGAAGGUGGAGGCUUUUUUACAGGCUGUGAGGGAGGCCUACUACCUCCCGGAUCCGCGCAGAGCAGCGAUGGAGAAGCAAAGUUUAUUCGUCUCAAAGCCGGGUGGAGGAGCCGCAAUUUUCCUUGAGGAGUGAAAUUUAUCAGAUGGGUGCAUAGCUGAUUAUACAGUUAUACAGCUCGGGUUGAAAUUACAUUUGUCUAGGGAAAUUAAUGAUGUUUUUUUACAUUUAUAAGUGGAUUGUAAAAAAUCUAAAGGAGUAAAAGGGCCAAACGUGACUGUUUUUUACAUGAUAUGUGCUUUUUAUCACGAAUGAUUGGGGAUGUGUAAUUAACGGGUUAUGACUGUUUACUGUAAAGAACUGGAAACAAAAUAAACACAUGUAAUAUGUAUAUAUAAAA